GCUCUUUCUCUCUUUCGCUCUCUUUCUAUCCCUUCUUUCGCAGAGCCACACUGCAGGGAUGGACAGGGAGAAAGAGAAUCAGUAAGAGAGCAAGGCAGCGAGAGGACAGACUGGAAAAGGAGGGAAGUGUGUGUGUGUGUGUGUGUGUGUGAGAGAGGGAGAGAGAGAGAAAGCAAGUGAGCGAGGGAGACGCACGCUGGCAAAUUUCGGACUGCUUAUAUCGCUAACAAGGCAGUAGAGGUGUGUGACAUUCUGCGACAGCAAUAUUGUAACACCGCGCGUGUCUGGAAAUAUUGUGAAUUCAAAACAAACCGAGCGCGUUAUUGGAACCUGAGGUCUUUAUUCCGGGACCAAGCAAGGACAAGCAAGAACAUCAGCAGGAUGUGUGGCGUGGACUCGGAUUUGGAUGACGGUGGCGUGGGUGAUGACGAAAGAGAUCAAGAAGAUGAGUUCGCCAUGGCCGAGGGGGUCCGCAUGCUCCCCCCUCCCACAGCGCACUGCGAGGGCAGCGUGUGGGGCGGCCGCCGGAGUCGGUGCGGCUGCCUGGUGUUCGGAACGUGGCUGGUCCUAUGGAACGUGGGCCUGGCCGUGACAUGUGUGAUCCUGUUGGCGUCCGUCUUCGCCGUGGUGCUGCUUCCCGCCGCACUGCUCCUCUACGCAGGCUUUCUCUGCCACUCGCGGGUUAUGGCAUCCCCCUCUGCCCUAUGUCGUUACCUUGACGACAACAGCUGUUCUGCUCUUAUCAUCCUUGGCUUCGUCAUGAUGUCACCGCUGGUGGUGGUUGCUGCAGCAACCUUCUGUGGGUUGCUCCGCCGGCUCCGCCUCCUCUGGCUGUUUCAGCCAAUCAGUGGUGCCUGGUUCCGCGGCCGCAGCUUUGGGUGGAGUGGGGACCUGCGUGCCUGGGUGUGA